AUCAACGCAUUCAUCGCCACCAACACCCAGGACAAGAUCAAGGACAUGGUGAAGGACCUGGACCCUGAGAUGGCCAUGGUGCUGAUCAACUACGUCUACUUCAGAGGUCAGUGGGAGAAACCCUUCGAUGGCAACUUCACACACAAGGCGGACUUCCACGUGGACGAGACCACCAAGGUGGAGGUGGACAUGAUGAAGAGGACGGGUCGCUACGACUUCUACAACGACGACGGCAACCACACCACCGUCAUCAUGCUGCCCUACAAAGGAAACACGUCCAUGAUGAUCGUGCUGCCCGAUGAGGGAAAGAUGCAGGAGGUGGAGAGCUCCAUCAACAAGGAGCACAUCCGGCACUGGCACGACUCGCUCUUCAGGAGCUCUGUGGAGCUCUCUCUGCCAAAGUUUUCCAUCUCCGCUGACGCCUCCCUGGACAGCACGCUGAAAGAAAUGGGCAUAACCAACGCGUUCACAGACAACGCAGAUUUCUCUGGCAUGUCUGACGAGGUCAAGCUCAAAGUCUCAAAGGUGUCCCACCAGGCCGUGCUGAGCGUGGACGAAACAGGAACAGAGGCAGCGGCCGCCACCACCAUCGAGGUCAUGCCCAUGAGCAUGCCCCAGACCAUGACCCUGGACAGACCCUUCCUGGUCUUCAUCCUGGAGCACUCGACCAGGAGCGUCCUCUUCAUGGGAAAGAUCAACAACCCCGCGGCCAUGUGAAGACGCCCGGGGUACGUGAGCGCUCCUCACGCUUUCACACCGCAGGACGUGAGCUCAUUUUACCCCGUCGACACGUCACGGUGAUAUUAGGAGCAUCGGGGGGAUGAUGAAUGUGGGAGAGUUUGACGAAUAAGACAACAGAUCCAUCAUCAGAAAUGUCAGCGCAUUAAUCCGCCUGCAGUCUGCCAGCGUGACACAUUUAUUGCCGUCUGUCAUCUGAGCCCUGAUAGGUGUAUAAAUGUCUGAACGCAUCGUUAUAUAUUGUGUCCGGUCGAUACAGAUAAUAAAAACAUUAGUAGAUCUAACACUUAAACCAUCUGCUCACACGCAGCUGACGUGCCAUCGCUGUUUCCACAUGCUGAAGAGAAAUAAAAGCAUAAACUGCAAAAACA